AUGGAGGCAAAGGCUGCGGAACUCCUGGCGGCCUUCAAAAACACAGAUCUUUCCGUUGACGCCAAAGUCGCCCACCUGACGGCCAUCAAAUCCGAUAUCAAGCAAAAAAAUGUCCCCGAAGGCGCGAUUCCGACAAUCUUCGAGACCCUUAGGCUCGCCCUCACAUCUCAACACUACUCAGUCCUCGGCGCAGGCUUUUCUACCCUGGGUCACUUUCUGAAGCGGCUCGCAAUCCAAGAUCAGCAGCAAUGGAUCGUAAGCCAGGCGCGGAACUUCUAUCAUGUUCUGAUGGAGCGACUCGGUGACCACAAGGAACGUGUGCGAGCCCAGGCGGCGUCCAUAUUCACUGAACUUUGGUCUGUGGCGGGUAAUGAGGUUGAAUAUUAUGUGCUCGAGACUGCUUUGAUAGGCAAAAAUCCCCGAGCUAAGGAGAUGAGCAUGCUUUGGCUGUCUAAUAUGACAAAAAACCACGGCCUGUUGUUCCGCCAGUACGUGCCUUCUCUGGUCGCGUGCUUGGAGGAUGCAGACAGUGCGGUUCGAGAUACCGCAAGAUUAGUCGUGGUUGAACUUUUCCGCAAUGGCCCCGCGCGAGCUAAAUCCGAUCUGCAAAAACAACUUGUUGCUCGCGGUGUGCGAAAAUCCAUUGCUAACGCUAUUCUUUCUGGGAUUGGACUUGGCAACUCAGAGCCGGAGAGCUCAAACCGGCCUAUCUCUCGCGCCGAACGGCCCAUUUCGGUGAUGUCUGCACGUGCACAUGCGAGGGAGUUACCGGAUGAUGGUAUGUUUUACGAAUUACGAAUUGACCUGAUCAAGAUCAAGUGUUUUGACAAUAUCACAGAGGUGGAGCCUUCCAGAAGUCGACCAGGCUCUUCAAGAGGUCGCCAUGAUCGAUCUACCCCUGCCCCCGAGGCCCCGUUAAGGCCCAAAACUCCAGCUGAACAACCGGGCAUGCAGCAAUUAUCCCAGGAAGAUGACGGAAUUGAGCCCUUCCUUGUCUCAUCUGCCAGGGAUAUUGAUGAUACUGUGCGAGACAUGCUCCCCUGGUUCGAUGGCAAGGAAUCGGAAGACAACUGGCUGAAACGUGAAAAGAACGUUAUUCUGUUUCGUCGACUUACGCGUGGCAAUGGGCCUCACGACUUUACUCAGAGUUACCUUUACGCCGUGAAGACCCUUCUCGAUGGAAUUUUCAGAGUUGUGAACUCUCUACGAACUACACUCUGUACAAAUGGGUGCCUUUUGAUGCAAGAUAUUGCGCGGACUUGCGGUCCGAGGCUCGACCCCAUGGUCGAGAUCAUCAUGCAGAACCUAAUGAAGCUGUGUGCAGCCUUGAAAAAAAUAUCUGCUCAGUAUGGGAAUGCGACUGUCGAUGUCGUCAUUGGUAACGUUUCAUAUAACAUUCGUCUUCUGCAGCACGUCCACUGGGCCUCCCAAGACAAGAACAUGCAGCUGCGUCUUUUUGCAGCUGGAUGGCUCCGAACUCUGAUCAAGCGGCAGUCGCAUCAAAAGAGCACAGUUGAGCAUGGCGGUGGCUUGGACCUUAUUGAAAAAUCCAUCAAGAAAGGCCUGGGAGACGCCAAUCCUGGGGUACGAGAGGCCAUGCGCAGCACCUUCUGGACGUUCUGCGGUGUCUGGCUAGAUCGGGCUAAUACUAUCCUGUCAAAUCUCGACCCAAAAUCGCGCAACCUGUUGGAGAAAGACCCGUCGAAUCCCAAUGCUAGCAAGACUACUUCUACGCCUGUAAAGGGUGCUGCGGGCCCAGGUGCUGCCCGCUCUGCCCUAAAGGAAGCCAUUGCCAGCCGCAAGAAGGCGAUGCCUUCUCGCCCCGAAUCUGCUCAGUCGGCUUCUACCGACUUAGAUCCUGCGCUGAGAUCGUCUGCUCGAACUAUCCCGACUGGAGCACCCCUUUCUUCAUUGUCAUCUGCACCAAUGCGGCCCGGCACGAAACCCCGGCGGCCCGAAAUUAGUCGCCCCGCAACGGCGGACCCUUAUGCUCGUCGGCCUGAUUCAAGAGCAGCGCAGACUGCGAGUAAGCCAGUCGGUUCCCCGAGAUCAGUGCGGUCCAAAGCAUCCACGCCCUCGUCUAAACCGAUUAACGCACCUCGUCUCCGGCCGCACGAGGUUGGACAGGCUGGUACUACUAGAGGCAAGCCUAAGAAGCUUGAUCUUUCGAAAUCUAAGUCUCAUGGUGAUCUCAUGGCAGCUAGCCGUGCUCAUAGCGAUUCUGAUGACAGUCUUGCAAACCAGCCCUCCGUGCAUUGCCCCCAUGUCGACCACCCGAGCGAGUCUGGAGAUCGGAACUCCCCAGCGCCUAUCGUGCUAGAAAGCCCUCCGCUUUCUGCAACACAGCUACCGCUUGUUCGCACUGAGCAAGUUGAAUCUGUCCACGUCGUUUCAGAGCCUGUAGAUGAGCCACAGCUGUCCUCACUUGAAAAACCUACCCCCGCUGAAGCUUUUCCGCGUGUCUCUGAACCCGAAACGGCAACUCCAUUGCGUCAUUCCGAUACAGUUGCUGAUUCUGAAUCGAAUUCUAAGUUACAACCGGAAGAAAUGGUUAUAUACGAGGAUCCUGCUACGCCGAUUGCCACGGAGGCUGAGACACCUCAGAUGUCACCGGUCCAUCAUUUCACCCCUGGCAGAUCUCCUCGUCGUGCUAAUGAGCAAGAGCUCGAAGAAGAUUUGGAGCCAGGGACUCCGGCUAUCUUGGAGACCCCUGUCAAGAGCACUACCCUGGAAAUGAAUCCUAAUCAGGGACUCACUAAUCACGGGGCCAGCGAACCUCUAUUCCCGUCACCCAAAAGGACUCCACUUCGGACAAGCCCCUCUCCCACAAGGAAUCGUCCUCAACCUGCACCCUCCCAGCCUGUCCAUAACGUGGAGCCCACAUCACCACCAAAGCCCGCUGUGGCAGAUACAUUUGAGAGUAGCCUCAAUAACGAAAAUGCCACUGCGCGUAUUACGAAAGCUCCAGAGCUCACCGCAACACCCCGUUCUGCAGCUAAGCCUGGUGCCCUAGAGGAGGUCCCCUUGAACGAAUCUGCUUUGCGGCCGAAUACAGAGACAAGACGCCAGUCUCUUGAAUCUGUAGCCCUGUCAACGACCGAGGAACCAGGCUUUCGCCGCAGUCGGAAGUGGGCAGAGCGGCAUCGGAGCCCAAGCCCUCGAUCGAAGGAUCCUGCCAAUGCGAGGGAGAUGCUCAAUAAAGCGCUCAGCCGUAUUACGUCCAAAACCAUGGAUAUCUCUGGAUACAGGAAGCUGCAGGGGCUGUUCCAAUUCCACGGCGAAGAGAUCGUGUCUCGCGAACAGGACUACUAUUCCAUGAUCGAGGCUUUGCUGAACGAGCUCGAAUCAACACCUACUAGCCGCAAGGAUCACGAUGUGAAGACUCAGAUUCUCGCCACCAUUCGCUCCAUGCUUCUUCGGACAAGUGAGCUCUUCCACAAAUACGAUGUGCCAACGAUGACCUCCAUCAUCCGAGCUCGUCGCCACUACGAAUCUAACUCGCACUUUGUUACGUGCCUAGAAGAGGUUGAAGAGCUGUUGGUCUCACUAAUUCCACCCGAAACGGUCAUCGGGGGUGUUCUCCACGGGCUCGAGUUGGGCCAGGAUGCGAAGAUCGAGGACUUCUAUCGUUCCAUCAUCAUGGGCCUCACCACCAUUCACCAAGCACUCUCACAAGGGCCUGUUGAGCUCUCUGACGAAGUCCUCGCCAGCGUCGGCACUGUGGUCAACCAGCAACUGAGCCACCCCCGACCAGGCGUGCGUAAGCAGGCUACUGAACUUUGCACCCUCCUCAACCUCAAGUUCGGCCUCGACCGUGUCCAGAAGGUCACCCCGCCAGCUGGCGAGGACUCGCUCAACCUGCUCACCUAUUACAUGGCUCGCCGGUCCCAGUGA